AUGCUAAAGAUGGUUGCUGGGAAACGCUCACGCUGGAGGAUUGAGCCAAGUAAAGGAGUGAUCCCCCCUCAUACUGAGGUGUCUGUGGCUGUCAUAGCCAACGUGAAUGACACCAGGAAAUUUCAGGAUGAGGUGCAGGUGUUCAUUGAGAACAGCCAUACGUUCGUCAUCUCUGUCCAGGCUGUGGGCACUGGCACCACCAUUGUCACUGAUAAACCUUUCGCUCCGGCCCUUGACUUGAAAUACCGGUUCAGCUGCACUCCGUGCCGCUAUGAGUUCCAGCUGACCAACAAAGGCCAGCGCCUCCACCGGCUCUGCUGGCGCACGGAAGGUUUCCGCAUCUUCCGGCGGCGCGCUCGUCCUCCUGGCCCGGCUGGCGCCAGGAGUGGGGAGGAUUCCCAGAGGCCCAGACCUGGCAGCCCCGUGUUCAAGCUGCGGCCGUCGCACAUGGACCUGAGGCCAGGCCAGAGUGUGGAGAUGGUGCUGGAAGGCUGCUCCAGCACUGCCCAGGAGGUGAAGGAGAGGCUGCUGUGUGAUGCCAUGGUGGGGAAAACAAAGAAACGUAUCAUGCACGUGGACAUCACCUGCAAGUUCAUUUGCCCCGUUGUGCAAAUCUCUUCCAGAACAAUCACUUUCCGUGUGGUAAAGAAACCCAGUGUUGUCCUGACACUGCAGUACCAGCCUGUGUCUUUAAAAAACACCUGCUCACUGCCCUUCAGCAUUGUGCUGAACUUGGAGAAGCCAUUCCUAAUCUGCAGUGUGGAGCAGCAGCCUCUCCCUGCCCAUUCCAUGUGCCUGGGCUGGCCGGGGCCAGAGACGGUGGUCUCUAGCGGGCACUGCAACAGCGUCUGGUGCCCAACGUGGGGCCCGGAAAAGGGGCUUUUGGCACCAAGAAGGACCCCACGGAAAGGACAGUAG